AGCAAAUUGGUGCUUUAUAAAGACGGAGUUCCCUUUUCCAAGUCAUCCUGUUACCAGCUGCUGAUUCUUCCACAUCGAACAGUCACAACAAGAUGGCAUCGUGUCUUCUUUUCACUCUGCUCUUCUGCGGCAUGUUUAUUGGAGCAAAUACUCAGUGUGCUUCACGAGCUUCCUUUUACACCUGCAGUCCUGGUUGGACUCGGUAUGGACAUCACUGUUACCAGUUUCACAGAACUGAAAGAAACUGGGUUUCUGCUGAGCAUGUUUGCGCGCUACACAGAGGAACUCUGGCUUCCAUCAAAAAUACAGCUACGUACAUCUUCCUGACCAAUUUCAUCCAUGGAGCAGUAAGAUUCCACAAAAGGACCUGGGUUGGAGGCCAUUAUGUUGCAAAGUAUCGUGUGUGGCAGUGGACCGAUGGGUCAAGAUUUGUCUUCAAUGGCUGGGGCAGGGGGGAACCAAACAACGUGCGUGGACGGGAACAUUGUAUGGAGAUGAACCGUAAAGGAGCAUAUUUUGCUAACGAUGAAGGAUGCUGGAGAAGAAAUUCUUUUGUUUGUCAGAAACGUGCAACCAAGAUCUGGUGAUGUCAUUUCCACCAGAGAUACCAAACGUCACUGACAUGUCUUCUAACAGAUAUUUUGACAAAUCUGAUUUAAUAUCAGUUCAAAUCAAUAUUACAAAUAAAGGCAUAUUAAAA